AUCCCUAAUGCCCUAUUCAAUUCGAGCCCUCGCUGCCCUAUUCAAUUCUUCAUUCAGAGAGCCAGCACAAGAGAGUGAGAGACCCUUCUGGCCUUCUUCUUCAACCCAUUCGAAGCCCUCUGGCCUUCGUGAGUUCGUCAUCAACUCUUCGAACCAGCAGGAGCUUCGUGAGUUGGUCUUCCACACUGCGAACCAGCAGGAGCCCUUCGCGAGUUAGUUAGGAGCUUCGUGAGUUCGUCGUGGACAUUUUGAACCAGAAGGAGCUCUUAGCAAGCUCGUCUUCAAGUUUUCGUGAGUUCAUCUGCGUCGAAGUUCGAAUUUGUCUUCAGCGAUGGAUGAUUAGUUUGGUGUAAACCAUGGACUUAAUAACUUGUCAAAGAAAACAAGAAAAUCUCUGGGCACAGGCGGAAAGGGGGGAGUACUGGACUAGGCUGGGAGAGAGAAGCGUAAGGGAAGGAGGCGAUUGGCCAGUGUCUGGUGGUUUUAGUGCGGCAGCGUCGAUGCGCGGCGGCUCCUGGUUUUAGUUUAUAAACUUGGUUAAUUCAAGUAAUACUUUCUGGAGAAUAGUCCUGUUUUUUCAUACUCUCGACAUGGACCCAGAGGCUGCACGAACUGCUCGGGAAUCUCUUGACCUGGCUUUUCACAUGUCAAACAUUCUUGACACAGGGCUUGAUCGUCAUACCCUCUCAGUUCUUAUUGCACUUUGUGAUCUGGGCUUAAAUCCUGAAGCUCUAGCUGCUGUUGUGAAGGAACUACGACAGGAACCCUCUUCUUCAUCUGCAGUGCUGGCAACGUCAUCAUCCCAUCCCUAAGCAGCUCUUGAUUGCUUCUAGUAAUUCUAGUUUAUAGUUGUUUCGAGUGACCUCCUUUACUUAAGGAUUUUUCUGUUUGAUCUGCAUAUUCAUCAUGAUACUUCUUCAUGCAUUCACUUACAUGUAGUACUAUCACUUGUAUCACUGACCACAUAUUCUUGCGUCUAAUAUUUUGUACUUGGUCUCAGUUUCAUCAGUUACUAUAUUUCAUUA